GAUGAACAAAACACAAGCAAAAAAACAAUUCUCAAAACGUCUAAUAUUUUUACGAACUGAAUGAGAUAUUUCUUUUGGAAAAUACUUAAUAAUGGAACUAAAAAUUCUUGAAUUAUUUAGCGGCAUUGGAGGCAUGCACUAUGCAUUUGAAUAUUCUAAACUAAAAGGUCAAGUAAUGGCUGCAAUGGACAUCAAUACCGUGGCAAAUGAAGUGUAUGCUUUUAAUCACCAAGAAACUUGUUUAAUGAACAAUAAUAUACAAAAGUUAAGUGUAAAACUUUUGGAAAAAUUGCAUAUUAACUGCAUACUAAUGUCACCUCCCUGUCAACCGCAUACACGUGUUGGCCAGAAACGUGAUAUAGAAGAUAAACGUUCGGAUGCCUUAAAUCACAUUUGUGAACUGUUGCCUUUGUGUCAAGGAGUGGAAUAUAUUUUAAUGGAAAAUGUUAAGGGAUUUGAAGAGUCUCAGGCAAGAAAUAUAUAUGUAAACGACUUAAAGAAAUCAAAUUUCUAUUAUAGAGAAUUUAUAUUGAGUCCUACACAAAUCGGUGUACCCAAUACCAGACAUCGUUAUUAUUGUUUGGCUAGGAAAUCACAAGAUUUUUCCUUUCCAGCUGAUAAAUUAUGGCUGGAAAUGCCUAUAGAAAACGAACAAUUAAAAGAAAAUAUUAAUUUAUCGACCAUAUUAAUUGAAGAAGACAAAAUUCCGGCAGAAUUUUAUUUGGAUGAAAAAGUCUUAAAACGUAGAGUGUGGUUAAUGGAUAUUGUAACAAAUGCAGCCUCAAAUACCAUGUGUUUCACAAAAGCUUAUACUCAUUAUAGUGAGGGAACAGGCUCAAUUUAUUGCCACUUAAGCUUGAAAGAAAUGCAAAGUACGUUUUCCCGCUUAAAGGAAAUAGAAGAAAUGAAAAAUCUUGGUGCUGAGGAGGAGAAGGAACGUUCAACUUUGUUAUUUAGCUUAAAGCUACGUUAUUUUACUCCUCGAGAAGUGGCACGCUUGAUGAGUUUUCCAGAAACUUUUGAUUUUCCCGUUAAAACCACAAAUCGUCAAAGAUAUCGUUUAUUGGGCAAUAGCAUUAAUGUUAAAGUCGUGGGAGAAUUAAUAAAGUUGAUGUGUUUAUAAAAAA